ACUUCGUGGGGGCACUUGCAACCAUCCCCACUCAUCCCCACCUCCCACCGGCUAGUCGCCAGCGCCCACUCCUUCCCAUGACAGCUCAGCGUCCUCACCUCGGCAGCACACAAUCCCUGCGCCAAAAGAAACCUUCGCACAACCAUAACCACCUCAGGUCACAUCCAAAGGAACUCACCUCGAAAACGGAAAACUUGCAGACCUUUGGCAACCAUGGCCGUCAUAAGCGGUCCCGCCGACCCAAGCAAGCUCUCCCUGCAAAACUCAGUAUUAACAGUCGAGCAGUUGCAGACUACGCCCUCGAUGGAUGACGGGAUCCCUAAGGAGCUAGAAUAUGAAUUGAGGGUCCUAGGCUGCGAACUCAUCCAGAGCGCUGGGAUAUUGCUCCGAUUGCCGCAGGUAUCCAUGGCGACUGCCCAAGUGCUUUUUCAACGGUAUUAUUAUGUUGCGAGUAUGCGGGUUGCUGCUGUACGGGAUAUAGCCAUGGGCGCCAUGUUCCUCGCGUCAAAAGUCGAAGAAACCCCGCGUCGGAUACGAGAUAUCAUCAACGUGUUCAGCUGGCUGUUUGAUCGGUAUCGGGGGGUUGAGCCGAGGGUUGAAGGGUAUCUCGGGUUGCAAUACAACGACUUCAAAGAAGGCCUCCUCUCUGGCGAAAUGCGCAUCCUCUGCAUGCUCGGCUUCAACGUCCAGGUGCAGCAACCGCACGGGUUCAUGAUCAAUUAUUUGCGGAGUCUGGAUGUGGCUGAGAAUGAGCAGUUGGCGCAGACUGCGUGGAAUUACCUUAACGACGGCCUCCGAACAAACAUAUACACUCUCUACCAACCCUCCACCCUCGCAUGCGCCGCCAUCCAUCUCGCCGCGCGCAAACACCGUAUACCGCUCCCGACGAAUCCGCCAUGGUGGGAGGUGUUUGAUGCCGAGGAGGAGGAUCUGAGGAAUAUCGCCGGGGAGAUUGGAAGGCUGUAUAGGGGCGGGGCGAGGAGGGGGUUGCCGGUUACUGUGGGGGAGAUGGAGGUGUGGUUGGGGAGGGAGGGG